ACGACCACAGCCUUCCACAAUCUGAAGGUCAUUGAUCCAAUACUCUUCUACAAGUUACACCACCCUCUAGAAGAAAUUCAUGAAUAUGCCUUACAACACCACCGCAAUCCCUCCCCGUAAGGAGGUCACCGGCCAGACCCAGCUUCCUCUAUCACGAGUGAAGAAGAUCGUUGCCCAGGACCAGGACAUCGGAAUCUGUUCCAACAACGCCGCAUUCGUGAUCACCCUCGCUACCGAAAUGUUCAUCCAAUACCUAGCCGGCGAAGGCUUCAACAUGGCACGCACAGAGCGCAAGCCGCGCCGCAACAUCCAGUACAAAGACCUAGCCUCCGCCGUCGCCGCCAAGGAGAACCUCGAGUUCCUCGAGGACGUCGUGCCCAAAACCGUGCCUUUCAAGCGCAUCAAGGCCGAAGCAGCAGCGACCCGCGCCCAGCUGUCGAGCAACGCAUCCGCAGUCGACCGACCCGGCGAGACGCAGCGCGAGACAGCGAACGGAAGCGGUAGCGGUGGUGGUGGUGGAGCUGGGGGUAGCAGUAGUAAGAAGCAUAGACCUAGCACCAGCCGCUCGAGUCUGAAUGGGAGCUUUGUCGGCGCUAGUGGUGCAAGGAUCGUGAGUGAGGAUGAGGACACGGAGGUCGAUCCCGCGGAUCAGCUGCGUAAUGAGAUGCGCGAGGCUAGUCGUGGGGGACGUGAUGAGGAUGUUGAUAUGACCGGUUAGGGAAUCGGGUCUGUUCGGCAUUGGGGAAUGAAAUUCUAAUCCGUUUUAAGGGCAAGAGUUUGAUUCCUGGAAUGGAUACCUUUGUAGCACGAAUUCUGGCGUUGGGGGAGUCAUCGGGUCAAACAUGCACACACAUACGAUAAUUAAACACGCAUAGAUUCUUGCACGUGAGGGAUUAGUUAGGAUUGCCUGGUCCAUGGGUAUACCCGAAUCUUCAUUUUGUGGCUAAUGUCAUUAUUUGCCUGACCGCCACUACCACGAGCACCGUAAUCCAAUUUCUCUUUUAUGCACAAACACCA